AUGGCCACCCUCGAAUUUGACCCUGACUGCGCAGUCAAAGAAAUCGCUUUCACAAGAAAGAACUAUCGUGACGUGUACCCUGCCGUCGACCCUACUCGCCCGGAGUUAUCUCAGGAGGGCAAAGUGAUUUUUAUCACUGGAGCUAGUCGCGGAAUAGGACAGUUGGGCUUCGCCGUAUCCUUUGCCCGUGCCAAUGCCGCCGCCCUAGUUCUCCUCGGCCGAUCGAGCGAGGGUCUGACCGAGACAGAGAGACUGGUCAAUGAGAUAAAUCCCUCGACGAAAGUUUUGUCAAUUCCGGUUGACGUCACUGACGAGGCAGGCAUGAACAAAGCUUUCGAGACAGCGGUGGAGAAGCUAGGCGUGCCACAGGUGCUCAUCAACAAUGCGGGGCAACUCGUAAAACUCGACACAAUCGUCAACACUGACGUGGAAUCCUGGUGGAAAACCCAGGAAAUAAACGUCAAAGGAACAUUCAUCGCAACGAAAGCCUUUCUCAAGCACGUAGGAGAGGUUCCAUCAGCACCUACAACGAUCAUCAAUGUGAUUUCGACGGCAUCUCAGGGCGUUCCGCCUGGAAUGAGCUCAUAUUCUCCAUCGAAACUGGCCGUGUCCAAAUUCACGCAGUUUUUAGCCAUGGAGCAUCCCACCAUCACUUCCGUCAAUCUGGACCCGGGUGUGGUGGCAACUAAUAUGGCGCACAGUGUGCCUUGGCUCGCGCCUUUUAUUGGAGACACUCCGGAGCUCUCUGGAGGCACGGCCGUUUGGUUGGCUACUGGUGAUAGGUCGUUUUUGUCGGGGAAGUAUUUCAAUGUUUGUUGGAAUGUUGAAGAGCUUGAGAGCCGCAAGGAGGAAAUUAAGAGUGGGAGGCUUCUUACUUUUACCCUUAAUGGGAAAUUCGGGGGGGCCGGAUGUUACCGUGGAGGGAAAGUAAUCAUGCCUAAUAUGUCAUUGGAUUGA